AUGGCGCGGACAGCACAAGCCAUCGCCGAUCCCCCAGAUCCGCCGCCCGCGGAGCCACGCCCUCAACCCGUCGGCGAGGGGCCGGGCGAAUGGUUUUAUGCCGACCUAGGUCCUAUAUACGUAUCAAACUUCGACGCGGACUCGAUUAUUAUGUGCCCCCACGAUUACUCCUACGCACGCGAUGACUCGCUGGACGCGCAGUGGCGCACUGGCUACGACACAAGGUUGUGCUGGAAAACGUGCUUAAUCUACAAGCAGAUAAGCACAGCCCAUCGCCGGCUGGUUCCAUUUAUUCGACCAGAUGCUUGGACAGGAUUUCCGAUACUGGCCCGGUCAUCCGGUCCACCGCUCAAGCAGUUCCUCGCAGAGCACAAAUCAGAGCUGUACCCCCAAGCCCUAGUACAGUCUGCCGCAUGCCGAGUCGUGGACCGCUGCCGACCUCUCGUAUAUCAGUGGGCGCUCCAUGCCCUCUCGGCCCUGGCCUUUAUGCACUCGCACGACGUCGUUUGCGGCGAUUUUAGCGAGGACCUGUGCUUGCUAUCUGCCUUACCAUCGCUGUCGCUAUCCGUGGUCGGCUUUCCCUUCGCGGGCUACCGUCGCCUCGACCACGGCGGUCGGUAUUACGAGGCCGAGUUUUACGGCGGCGAUGCCUUUAGCGAGACGGGCCUCGGUCCUAAGCAGGGUCGUUGUCGUCCGUUUCCGACCCGCCAGUUUGACUUGUAUCAGUGGGCUUGCAUGGUUUUCCGGUUAAUGACCUCGUAUUUCCCGGGUGAUCGGAUGGGUCUUAACGAAACCGAAAUUGGCUCACUAGUAUCACAGAAAGCCUGGCCGGUAUUGGAGCCGGAAUUUAUGGGAGAUAUCAUACGAAAAAGCUGGAAUGGGGACUAUAAUAGUGCCGAAGAGAUUAAAAGGGCUCUGAUUUCACUGGUAGAAGAGCAAGGCUGGUCAGUAAACGACGGGGACGACCUGCAAGGAUUCGACGCCACAGGAUUAUUUCAAGGUUCAAGUGAGGUUCUAGGCUUCCGUUAA